GUUUGACCGUAUGGGCUCCGGGGGGCCCCUGUUCAUCGACAUCACCUGGCACCCGGCAGGAGACCCGGGCUCGGAUAAAGAGACCUCCUCCAUGAUGAUUGCCAGCACAGCGGUGAACUACUGCGGCCUGGAGAGCGUCCUCCACCUGACCUGCUGCAACCAGACCAAGGACAAGAUCACAGCUUACCUGGCUAAGGCCAAACACCUGGGCCUGAAGAACAUCAUGGCCCUGAGAGGAGACCCGGUGGGAUCCGACUGGGAGGAAGAGGAGGGAGGCUUCAACUACGCCGUGGACCUGGUUAAACACAUCCGUUCGGAGUUCGAUGAAUACUUCGACGUGUGUGUCGCUGGUUACCCCACCGGUCACCCCGAGGCCGUGAGCUACGAGGACGACCUGCGACACCUCAAGGAGAAGGUGGACGCAGGCGCAGACUUCGUCAUCACUCAGCUGUUCUUCAGAGCCGACACGUUCCUCAAGUUUCUGGACGACUGCAGAGCGAUGGGCGUCGCGUGUCCCAUCCUACCUGGAAUCUUCCCUAUCCAGGGCUACCAGUCCUUACGUCAGCUCGUCAAGCUGUCCAAGCUCGAGGUUCCAGAGGAGAUCACCAGGGUCAUCGAACCCAUCAAAGACAAUGAUGCUGCCAUUCGAAACUACGGGAUCCAUCAGGCGGUGGAGAUGUGUCGGGUUCUGUUGGAUAGUGGGAAAGUGCCGGGCCUCCAUUUCUACACACUGAACCGAGAGGUCGCGACCAUAGAGGUCCUCCGACAGCUGGGGCUCUGGAUAGAAGAUCCCAGACGGCCUCUUCCCUGGGCAGUGAGCGCACACCCCAAACGGAAAGUGGAAGACGUUCGACCGAUCUUUUGGGCCUCGAGACCCAAGAGUUACAUCUACCGGACCCAGGACUGGGAUGAGUUCCCCAACGGCCGAUGGGGAAACUCGUCCUCUCCGGCGUUUGGCGAGUUAAACGACUACUACUUGUUCUACCUGAAAAGCAAAUCGUCCAAAGAGGCUCUUCUGAAGAUGUGGGGCGAAGAGCUGAAGAACGAGGAAAGUGUUUUUGACGUUUUCACCUGCUACAUCACAGCCCGGCCGAACCGAGAAGGACACAAGGUGAUGUGUUUGCCGUGGAACGACGAGCCUCUGGCCCCGGAGACCAACCUUCUGAAGGACGAGCUGGAGAAGGUGAACAGACGAGGCGUCCUCACCAUCAACUCGCAGCCCAACAUCAACGGUAAACCGUCCGGAGACCCUGUGGUGGGCUGGGGGCCUGCGGGGGGCUACGUCUUUCAGAAGGCCUAUCUGGAGUUUUUCACCUCCAGUGAAAACGUGACUGCCCUCCUUAAAGUCCUGAAGAAGUAUGAGCCCCGCGUGAACUAUCAUAUCGUUAACGUGCACGGCCAGAACCUGACCAACGCCCCCGAGAUGCAGCCCAAUGCUGUGACGUGGGGCAUUUUUCCCGGCAGGGAGAUCGUUCAGCCCACCGUGGUGGACCCGGUCAGCUUCAUGUACUGGAAGGACGAAGCCUUCGCCUUGUGGAUCGAGCAGUGGGCGAAACUCUACGAAGAUGAGUCGCCGUCACGAAUGAUCAUCAAGUACAUCCAUGAUAACUACUUCCUGGUCAACCUGGUGGACAACGACUUCCCCCUGGAGAGCUGUCUGUGGCGCGUCAUCGACGACAUGUUCGAGCUGCUCGACGCGCCGCUGGAGACGCACGGUGACGAGACGCACGGUGACGAGACGCACGGUGACGAGACGCACGGUGACGAGACGCACGGCGACGAGACGCACGGCGACGAGACGGUCCCUGAAUAAAUUUGACAUUAAAAAGGGAAAAAAAAUCACUUUUAAAGGAAAUAACUUUAUUGGAAUCCUUUGUAUGUUGUAGAAAAGUGCCUUUAAAAACAUAUUGAACAAUAUUUUUAAAGCUUUUUAUGUUUGUAGAUAUUAAUGGAAACAUUUUAUAAAAAAAAUAAGCUGAACCGUUUCAUCUGAUUCAAAUAUUCAGAUGGAAACUUUUCUCUGUUUUCAUCGUGGUCGACUUCUUAAAAAGGGUCCGUGCGCCACAAACAGAAUAAAACUGUAAAAUAAUAUUUCACUUCAAAACAAUAUUGAUCCAGACCGAUCAAAGAAGAAAUGACUGGAAACACAACUGGAGAAAUUAAUCUAAAUUAACCCCACACGAAGACGUCUUUAUUUUUCUCCAUAUUUUUAUUUAUUCAUUUGUUUUUAGUGUUUUUAGCAACAGUUUCCUAAAAACGUAAAAGUUCCUCUGAAAUGUUUGAACUUUGUCAGAAUUAUUUGAAAAUCUCUGAUAAACACUUUAAAUUUACUCUGUUGAAAUCCCAUUAUAAAUGCAUUUUUGAUCC